AUGAUCUCCCUCCUGACACAGUGGGAGAGCCGCUGCGGCGAUGUCAUCAGCGACAUCGAAGCCGAGAUCGCCAAGAUCAAGAGCAAUGCCGCGAAGCGUAGGGCGAAAGAACAGGCGCGGGCUGCUCUGCUUGAAAAAGCGCUGGCCUCCGCUGAUGGGAGCGCGAAGGACGCGGCGGGAGGCGGGCCCGGGUCCAGAAGGCUCGGCGGAGCGCAGCGGUUUGGCCAGGGAGGUGGCAAUAAGCGCGAGUUCAACGCUGAUGACUACGAUGAUGAGGAUGACGGGUACUGGGAUAAUGGCAACGAUGGCGGUAUCGAUUUACACGCGGCUGGUUCGCGUAUGGACAUUGAUGAAAGUGCGGGAUCGUCUAGAUUCGGGUUGAGCGGGGCUGGCGCGAGGCAUGCGAAGCGCAUCCUGGGAAAGAAGUCCUAA